CCGAAACACCAAAUGUGUGUCAAUUCAGCUUCCCUGAACCUCAUGGCCAAACCAAUGCAAUCCAUAUCCUCUUGUUUGUAUUCAAUCAUUAUAUUCACUUUCAUUUCAGGCUUUGUUCAUUCAAUAACCCUCCAAUCCGAUAUCGAAGCUCUUCGCAGCCUAAAGCAGGCAAUUGAUCCAAUUUCAAUCCCCAGAUUUUCCUUCCUCCACUCUUGGAAUUUUCAUGUGGAUCCUUGCCAAAGUUCCGGGGGAAAUUUUCUAGGAAUCUUAUGUUCCUUUCCUCCGGACAACACAAGAAGCCGUAUUACAUCACUUGAUCUUGAUGCAGGUGGAUACGAUGGAUUUCUGACGUCCGCAAUAGGGAACCUGACAGAGCUCACCACAAUUAACCUGAGCAAGAAUAGGUUCCGGGGACCAAUACCAGAUACCAUUUCCAAUCUCAAAAUGCUAACAAGACUUUCGCUAUCUGAAAAUUUUUUCACCGGCGGCCUACCAACCAGGAUCAGUACGCUCAAGAUGCUCCAAAUUGUGGAUGUGUCAUACAACAAUCUGUCUGGCUUAAUCCCUGCCGCAAUUUCCGGGAUUCGAAGCUUGACCCAGUUAAGAAUGUCAAACAAUGGAUUUACAGGUAGAAUUCCCAACCUUAACGGACUAUGGCAGCUAAACACUUUAGAACUUAGUAGUAACCAGCUCUUUGGAUACCUGCCACAGCUUCCUACAAGCUUAAGAACAUUGUCAUUAAGCCACAAUAUACUUUCAGGGGGUGUUUCAACUUUAAGGCAGCUAAAACGCCUCCAAGUAUUAGACCUGAGCCAAAACAGGUUCUCUGGUUUCAUAGAUCAGGCGAUUCUCAACUUACCUGAGGUGAAUCACAUCAAUGUUUCAGUCAAUCGUUUCACAUCAAUUGCGGUGAUCAAGAUCAGUGGCGGAGGGUCACAGCUUCGGGUGCUUGAUGGGCAUAGCAACAAUUUGCGUGGUCAUUUGCCAGUGAAUUUAGUCACUUAUGCAAAUCUAACAGCAAUCAAUCUUGGUCACAACCAAUUCUCUGGUCAAAUCCCACCUGACUACGGGAGAAAGCUCGGCCAGUCUUGGAGAAGCUUGUUCUUGGAUUACAACUUUCUAGUGGGUAGUCUGCCUACACAGUUCAACCUUCUUGCAGUGAGGAUCAGGGGCAGUCUCGCAAAAAACUGCCUCAGCUGUCCGAGAAACAUUCUGUUGUGCAGCGGAGGGCAAAGGUCGGCUUCAGAAUGUGUUGGGCAGAACCAUGGCAGCCGGUGA